AUGGAACGUCUAUCGUUGAAAUGGUUGCUUGAUCGCAAGAACUCAGCAGAUGGUGGAGCUAUAUCUAAUGCUGCUCAACAAGGCGACUCCAUCGCGACGCUCGCAAUUGGAGGCAUGACAUGUUCGACUUGCUCCACUGCUAUAGAGAGCGGCCUGAAAGCGCACACAGGAACAGUGAAGGUGGCAGUGGCCCUGGUCAACAAUACUGCAGAGGUGACAUUCGAUUCCCUGGUCACGCAUACUGGGGCAAUCUGCGAGGCCGUCAGGGACCUUGGUUACACUGCAGACCUCAAGGGCCUUCGGUCUGCCACAGAAGGACGCCAUGUGGCGCGCCUUCAGGUGUCUGGCAUGACCUGCUCCUCCUGCAGUUCGGCCGUGGAAUCUGCGCUGGAUGCUGUGCCUGGCGUGGGCAACGCCGUGGUGUCCCUCAUCCAACAGCAGGCCCGCGUGGAGUAUGACACCACUGCUGUCACCCCAGAUGAAUUGGUAGAGGCGGUGGAGUCCCUGGGCUUUGAGGCGAAGCUGCUCGGCAGCGGCGAUGCGUCCAGCCUACGCCUGCAGCUGGGCGGCAUGACCUGCUCAUCUUGCAGCAGCGCCAUUGAGGCCGCCCUGGGCGCCACUCUCGGCGUUGCCAAGGCCUCCGUCAGCCUCAUCACCAACACUGCCGAGGUGGAGUUUGACUCGGCGAUAGUGGGCGCGAGGGACAUCAUAGCGGCAGUGAAGGCCAUGGGUUACGGCGCGAGCCUGCUGGAGGCGGACAACCUGUCAGCAGGGAUGGAGGUUCGGGAGAGGGAACGCCGCAUGUGGAGGCGCAUGGUCAUAGCUGCCUCCGCCUUCUCGCUGCCGGUGUUCCUGCUGGCCAUGGUGUUCAGCUACAUCCCCGGCGUCAAGGAGGGGCUCAACACCAACGUGGGCGGCUUCACCGUCAAUGAAGUCGUGCAGUGGAUCCUCACCACGCCUGUGCAGUUCAUCAUCGGCUGGCACUUCCACAAGGGUGCGCUGCGCGCGCUGCGGCGGGGCACGGCCAACAUGGAUGUGCUGGUUUCGCUGGGCACCAACGCGGCCUACAUCUACUCAGUCAUCUCCGUCCUCCACCGCCGUUCCUUGCACGAGCAAGGCAUGGACAUCGACAACAUGGGGUUCUUUGAGACGUCCGCGCUGCUCAUAACCUUCAUCAGCCUCGGCAAGUACCUGGAGGCCCACGCCAAGGGCAAGACCUCACAGGCAGUGACAGAGCUGCUGAAGCUGGCCCCGUCCACGGCCACAUUGGUGACCCGCAACAGCAGCGGACAGGUGGUGUCUGAGGAGGAGGUGCCCACCGCCCUCAUCCAGCGCGGCGACCUCCUCAAGGUGGUGCCAGGGUCGCGGGUGCCGGCGGAUGGGGAGGUGGUAGAGGGGCGUUCCUACGUAGACGAGUCAAUGGUGACGGGGGAAAGCAAGCCGGUUGGCAAGCGCAACGGCGACGCCGUCAUUAGCGGCACCGUCAAUGGCAGCGCGCCCCUCAUUGUCAAGGCGACGCGUGUGGGCAGCGACACGACGCUGGCGCAGAUAGUGCGGCUAGUGGAGCGCGCGCAGAUGAGCAAGGCGCCAAUUCAGGCCGUGGCCGACCGCAUCUCCGCAGUCUUUGUGCCCAUCAUCCUCGCCGUCGCCUUCGUCACAUGGCUCGGCUGGUUUGUUGCUGGCGAGACAGGGGCGUUCCCAGCGGAGUGGUUCCCUAUGGGCAGCAACGCAUUCCUGUUUGCGCUGCUGUUUGGCAUCGCAGUGCUGGUUGUGGCCUGCCCGUGUGCUCUGGCGCUCGCCACACCAACCGCUGUGAUGGUCGGCACCGGCAUUGCUGCAAAGAAUGGCAUCCUCAUCAAGGGUGCUGAUGCCUUGGAGCGAGCUAACAAGGUCAGGAUCAUUGUCUUUGACAAGACCGGCACAUUGACAAUGGGCCGACCCGCCGUGACCGAUCACAGCCUCUUCUCGGCAGACUUGGCCUUUGAGGAGUUCCUGCACAUGGCGGCGGCAGCAGAAGCUUCCAGCGAGCACCCGCUGGCUCGAGCAGUGCUUGCCUAUGCCCGCAGCUGCCUGCGAGCUGCCUCCUCAACCCUGGACCUGGGCUCGCAAGGGGAGCCGUCCGACGUGGAGGAAGAUGAGGCGGAGGGCCUGAGGAACACGGCCUGGAUUCGCCGCGCCCACAACGCGGAGGCGCUGGCCGGCCGCGGCGUCCGGGAUGUGGCGGACUACAUGCUGGAGAAGGAGGGCCAGGGCGCCACGUGCGUGCUGGUGGCAGUAGCCCAGAGCGUGGUUGGCGCAUUUGCCAUCAAAGACCCGCUCAAGCCAGAGGCGAUUGGGGUGGUUUCUGCACUGCGCAACAUGGGCAUGCAGUGCCACAUGGUGACGGGCGACAACUGGCGCACCGCGCGCAUCGUGGCUGCCCAGCUCGGGAUCAUCAACGUGCAAGCCGAGGUCCUGCCAGCUGGAAAGGCCGAUGUGGUGCGUGCUCUGCAGCAGACUCACAAGGCGGGGGUGGCCAUGGUGGGUGACGGCGUCAAUGACUCACCCGCGCUUGUGCAGGCUGAUGUCGGCAUCGCCAUCGGCUCAGGCACGGACAUUGCCGUGGAGGCAGCGGAUUAUGUGCUGAUGCGGUCGGACCUGGAGGAUGUGCUGACGGCGCUGGACCUGUCCAAGAAGACCUUCCGCCGCAUCUACUACAACUACGGCUGGGCAUUCAUCUACAACCUGCUCAUGGUGCCCCUGGCCGCCGGCGUCCUGUACCCACCCUUCCACUUCCAGCUGCCCCCCUGGGUGGCCGGUGCUGCGAUGGCAAUGUCAUCUGUGUCGGUCGUGUGCUCUUCGCUGCUGCUGCGGCGUUACAAGAAGCCGUCCUCUGUUGUGCGCAGCAUCGUCACGCGCAGAGCUGCUGCGCAACUUGUCACGUCUCCCUGAUGCUUUGUGUUUCUAUCACGCUUGAAGAUUUGGCAAUAUGUGGAGUGAAUUGCAUUGUUGGGACUGUGCCAUUAGUCUGAUUUUCUUGACCAAGUAUGAUCAUCAUGAUGUCAACAGUGCAUGUAUCAGAGUUUUAUGUGUCCUGCUAUUUCAUUGCGAUAUCAAUUAAUUGAGCAUUGCUGUCGUGCCGUACUUCUUAUGUGCACCUGUUUGUGAUUGAAAAUCGAAGUAAUGGAUUCAGGUUAUGUCAAGCUUGAGGACAUUGAAGGACUUUAGGAAUCGUUUGACCAAAACGUCCACAGCGGUCCUCUAAAAUAUACCCGGGAAUGUGAACAUGAAGCUGGCAUGCUUUAUGCGAAAAAUGCCUUGUAAAGGUUCAACAG